AUGGCGGUUGAGGUUCCUUCAGACUUUCUAUGCCCGAUAUCUCUACAAAUCAUGCGAGACCCCGUGACAAUCUCGACCGGAAUCACGUACGAUAGAGAGAGCAUAGAGAAAUGGCUGUCAUCCUACAAAAACCGACAUGUCGUUGUCCCGAGCUGCCCCGUGACAAAGCUACCACUGAGCGAGUUGGAUUUGACGCCAAACCAUACGCUCCGUCGACUGAUUCAAGGGUGGUGCAGUCUCAACGCGGGCGACGGGGUGGAGCCGAUCCCAACCCCUAAAGGGGAGGUUGAUAGAGGGCAGGUUGUGAAGCUUGUUAAGGAGGCAAUGAGAUGUGGGAGCUCAAGGCUUGAGUGCUUAAAGAGAUUGAAAGCUAUUGUGGUUGAAAAUGAGAGGAACAAAUUCUACUUGCAGGAGGUCGAGUCGAUGGAGUUCUUAACUUCCGUCUUAAACAACAAUGAUGAAUCCAUGAUAGAAGAAGCCAUAGAAAUCCUUUCAAACACCAACUCACCCACCACUCUCCUCAAACACCUACUAACCCAAAACCCUAAUCUAAUCCAAACCCUAAUCUCCAUAAUCACCAUAACCAAAUCCUCCAUCUCAAGCGCCGCCGCCAUAGCCUUCCUCAGCUCCCUCUACACCAUUUCCGACCAAACCCACAAAACCUUCACACAAGACACUCUCUUCAUCCACCUCACACGAGCCUUAUCCGACCAAAUCGCCACCAACCCAUCUCUCCAAAUCCUCCUCCACUUGGCCCCACAUGGCCGGAAUCGCUUCAAAGCCGUCAAACACGGCGCCGUUUUCCACCUCAUCCAGCUGCUUUUUGGCUCCUCUAUUCCACGUGAGUGUGAGCUGGCCAUGGCCACCUUGGACCGCCUUUGUGAAUGUGCUGAGGGACGAGUUGAGCUGCUUCGGCACGGCGGCGGGGUUGCCGUGGUGGCUAGGAAGAUUCUCCGAGUGUCGAAUUUGACGAACGAGAAGGCGGUCAGGAUUUUGUACAACGUUUGUAAGAACAACGUUGGGAAUUUUCGAGUUUUUGAGGAGAUGGUGGAGGUUGGGGCUGUGGGAAAGCUUUGUGCUGUGAUUGAAGUUGGUGGGAGCUUGAAGAUCAUAGAGAGGGUCAAGGUGAUUCUUCAUUUGAUUCAACGUGCUUUCGACGGUUCUAGUAAAUGUGUUAUCGUAAUCCCUCCGAGAUUUGAUUGA